AUGAAUGAAACAAAUAGUUUCAAUUCAACACUGGCAAUUAGAGGACCAAUUUGGAAACGAUAUCGAAUUCCUCUUGUUGUGAAUGCGUCAUCAUACGAAGAAGGAAUUCCAUCCACGCAAAGACAACUGAAUGUUCGAUUUGUGUGUGUGGAAUGUUGUCCUUCCGUUUCUUAUUGGAAAGUAGAAAUGCAUCAUACCCUCGUCGGUAACACUCCGACGCUAAGGAUGUACUAUCUUCCAACAACAUUUAACGGAACAAAACUACCCUUAGAUAUGUAUCACAACAUCUCCUUUGUGAAUAAUCUGAUCAUGCAACAUGCCGAGUGUGCAACUCUGAAAGAAUACACUUCAUAUCCAUUCAUAGAUACAAACAAGGUUAUUCAAGGAAUGGAAUGGAUGAGCCAUACGAAGAGUGAGAUCAAUUCGACACUAGUGUUGGACAUGUUUGUGACAAAUUUCACUUCGUCAAAUGUGAUGGUCUUCCUUCGACCAGAACAACACCUGCCAACAUCACCCAUAAUGAUAUUAGUCUUGAUUGGCUUUGCAGGUUUUGUUGUUGUGUCUGCUUGUGGUGGAGGAUGCAUCCUCUUGGCUUUACUUGGUUUCAAAGUUUUAGUAACAAUCAGAGAAAAAUCAUAUUUAAAACAAAUACUGCAUAACAACUAUGCUUGGACUGCAAUGAGAGCAGAAGAAGAAUUGAAUGCCGAGUACAGAGAAAGUGCUGAUCCGCCUCAUAGUGAGGGUCAAUAUUACGAAUAG